CAAACUAACUCCACCCAACAAGAUCCACUGAGAGGACGCACAGAGCAGGGAACAGCACCUCAGCACUGAUGGGAGUUUUACGGCCAGCGCUGCUCCAGUGUGUGGAUGUGUGAUUCGUAAGCUGUUGGAUUGAGUUUUAACUGAAAAGACAAGAAGCAAUGCCUCUCACAAUGGAGGAGGACCUCAGUUGUACCAUCUGUCAGGACGUUUACAGGGAUCCAGUUGUCUUGUUCUGCAGUCACAGCUUCUGCCGACUCUGCCUGAAAAACUGGUGGGAAGAGAAGAAGAAACUGGAGUGUCCACUUUGUAAGGACGAAUCUACUACAAGUGACCCUCCAUGCAACCUGGCUUUAAAAAUGCUCUGUGAGAGAUUCCUGUUGACAAGAAAGAAGGAAGUUACAAAACCAGAGGUUUGCUGCCGCCUGCAUGGUGAGAGAUUCAAGCUGUUCUGUGUGGAUGAUAAUGAACUUUUAUGUCUCGUCUGUCAGCAUUCAGGUGAUCAUCAUGGACACAAACUCCAACCUGUUAAUGAAGUAGCUCAGGGUCGGAUAAAUGAGCUGAGAAAGGCCCUGAGCCUGCUGCUGGACAAACUGAAGGUGUUCAAAGACGAGAAGGGAAACCUGGAUCAGACAGCUGAAUACAUUAAGCUCCAGGCCCAACAAACCGAGGGACGGAUCAAGGAGCAGUUCAGGAAGCUUCACCUGUUUCUCCACAAGGAGGAAGACUCCAGGAUUUCUGCUCUGAGGACAGAAGAAAGCGAGAAGACUCAGAAGUUAAGCCUAAAGAUCGACGCCCUGAGUAGAGAGAUCGCUGCUCUUUCACGGACAAUAAAAGACACAGAGGGACUGAUAAAGGCUGAGGAUGCUGUAAUGCUGCAGAGCUAUAGGACUGCUGUAGAAACCAUCCAACAGCGCCUCCUGCUGGAGAAUCCUCAGCCUGUCUCUGGAGCCCUGAUAGAUGUGGCCAAACACCUGGGCAACCUGAGCUUCAACAUCUGGAACAAGAUGAAGCAUCUGGUGUCCUACACUCCUGUGGUUCUGGAUCCAAACAGCGCCAACUUUGAGCUCAUCCUGUCUGAAGACCUGACCAGCGUGAGAUGCGGCCAGAAGCAGAACAUUCCCGACAACCCGGAGAGGUUCGACUUCUUCCGCAUCGUCCUGGGCUCGGAGGGCUUCAUGACGGGAACCUACAGCUGGGACGUUGAGGUUGGAGACAACACAGACUGGUUUGUGGGCGUCGCCUCGCAGGACGUCCAGAGGAAAGGAAACCAUCCCAGCCGUCUGUGGAGAAUCGGCUGCAUUGACGGUCAGUACAUGGCCCGGGCCCUGUCGGAACCGUCCACGGUUCUGGAACCGAUGAGAAAGCUGAGCCGGAUCAGAGUCCAUCUGGACUGGAACCGGGGGAAGCUGGUGUUCUUCGACCUCAACACCAACACACACCUUCACACCUUCACACACUCAUUCAGUCAGAAACUGUUCCCCUACCUGAACACGGUGAAUGCGUCUCCUCUGAGGAUAAUACCUGAGAAACUCUGCCUGAAGUCCAGUUAGAGCACAAAGUGGUGCUGACCCGACACGUUCGGGUCGUUCACCAGCACCGCUGGUCGCUACAGUUUGUUUUUUAUAGGUCCCGUCCAGCAGAGACCCAACAUUUACUUUUACCAAUGAAGAAUUACGGCUUUCGCCAUGACACUCCUGUUGAUAUACUAAUGUUGUGUGUGUGCGUGUGUGUGUGUUGCAUGUGAGUGUGUGUGUGUUUUCCUAACACGAAGCUUUUCAGUGUCUGAUGUAUUAAAAUGAUUGAAUGCAGAAGAUGCUACUUGGAAAAGUAUUAAAUAAAAUGUAUAUAAUUAUUCAUAUUGUGACGUCACAAUAAAAUAAAGUAUCCUGUGGGUAAAAAAAGGUUAAGCACAGAGAAUAAUUUGAUUUGUUACAAUAUAUAUGAAGGAAUUAAAUUGAUUUUAAUCCAUGUGUAUUUAAAUAAAGAGUCAUUUCAACACAA